UUGUUAUAGUGUUGUACAGCAACAAUGACGCAAUUUCCUCCCGGUAACAAAAUAAGUGGAGCUAAUUUUGUUAGCCUCGAAAAUGAGUUUGUUUUUGCCAAAAUUAACUUGCAAAAAAGACAUAGAUGAAGUUAUCAAAGGCGUGGCAGAAAAAGUCGUAGUUUUGAGGUUUGGGAGAGACGAAGACUCAGUUUGCCUCCAGCUCGACGAGAUCUUGUCUAAAACUGCCCACGACCUCAGUAACAUGGCAUCGAUCUACAUCGUCGAUGUGGAUAAAGCUCCCAUCUACACAAGAUACUUUGACAUCAGUUACAUCCCCUCCACUGUUUUCUUUUUCAACGGGCAGCACAUGAAAGUGGAUUAUGGCUCCCCAGAUCACACCAAAUUUGUCGGCAGUUUUAAGACAAAGCAAGAUUUUAUGGAUCUGAUUGAGGUCAUCUACAGAGGAGCCAUGCGGGGGAAGAUGAUUGUCCAGAGUCCCAUAGAUCCUCAGAAUAUCCCUAAAUAUGAUCUCCUCUACCAUGGAAUUUAGACUCAACAUAUCCAAUGUGUGGCCUCACGAUCAUAAUGAUUUAUUUCUGAGUGGCAUCUACCACUGCUGGUUGAUUAACUCACAAAAAUAGCUUUGACUUUCAGACACUAAAGAAACAUCUGAGGAAGUUUUAAGAUAAAGUGUCUCAGAUUAGGAGCCUUAUUGAAUAUAUUCAUUUUCCAAUGGAAGUCAAACAGUACAUUGCCAUUUACUUAUGGUCCUUUUGUUGGGUUGUGGAGUUUUUGACCACUAUUAAUACUAUGGAGCAAAUGUUUAAUGUGUGAGUCCCCAUGUUGUUAGUUUUUGUGCACACAAACGGGGACACACAUACAUUAACACAAUACACGUUCCAGCCGAUGGUUUCACACAGGUUACAUGUCAAGAAACGCAGUGAUGUGAAGGCACUGUGAAGUAGAAGACUGCAGGCUAGCAAACAAGGAUGUAAAUAAUGCAGGUUUGACGAAAAAUUGGUUUUGCAAGUGUUUUGUGAGGAUAGAAAAACAUUAAAUACAUUUGUUAGACCUCAAGGAUAUACACAAUUUCACUUGGUUGGUAAUGCAGUUUGUAAACUGAAACUUUGGUUACUAAGAAAUUCCAAAAGGCACCUUUGUACACGCAAACACUGUUUACCCAAACCUCGGGGAUAUGCAGUUGGUAUAAUGUAGGAGUCUGGUUGGAAAGAUUGAAAUUUAGUGCAAUUUUAUGACAAAUACACACAAUGCAAUGGGCUUUGUUAAAGUUCCCACAGUCAAAUGUAAUAACAGCAGGACAUUUUUAUUUUUACAGUUUUCUCAUUAGUUCAUGUUUGACAGACAGGGUGUGAUCUCUGAUAAAGGAGUCUCUGCAGCUUUAU